GACGACGAUCACGUCGGUAACUUAUAGCUCGUGAUUGUCGACUUCGCUGCCAAAAUCUUGGCAAACCCACAAUCGGACGCGCGAAUUUCCCCCUCUGCUGCGAUAGAAAGUGAAGCCCACAACCUGGAUUUCUCGAAUCGGUCGCCUUCGGAGAACAAAACUGUCGCUGCCGCGUUGGUCGUAAUGGAGUUGAGUCGUUUGUGGGGUUUGGGGGCGGUAAUGUUGAUGUUGCCGACGCGCUGAGCCUGGUUUAUGGAAAGGUUUCAGGAGGAAAUAAACGAGCUGGCGCAUUGAGAAGAUCAGUUUUCGUGGCAUUGAAUUGUGCGCAUGCAAAGAAGACAUGACGUGGUGGAAUUUGAUGAGUGAAGAACAGUGUUAAGGCGCAAGGUUCCAGGUGUUGCUGUUACAAGAGUUUAUAUUUGAGAAGAAAUCCCACACUUUUCUAGGUCUAUUUAAUUUUCGUGGUUUCCACGAUGGCUUCGCGAAACUGGGUGCUGAUACUGGCUGUGCUGCUCAGUUGUCUAGAUCUGGCCUUGGCAAAGGCACGUAAAGGUGGUUUGCCGAAUCGAGAAGAGCUCGACUCGAAGUACCUGUUGACGAAUCAAAUUGUAGACCUUACAGCGAAAGUAGACAAUUUGACAACGAUUUUAGAGACCCAUGUAAACAUCCUGAAGAGAAAAGAUAGGAAAAUAAAAACCCUGGAGGAGGAGCUCCAAAGUUAUCAGAAUGCAAAGAAUACUGCCAAUGCCGACUUGGCCGCGAAGCUCGUGGCGGCGACGAAAGAGAAUACCGACCUUAACCUUCAAGUAUCACAAUUAAAGGAUGAACUUGAGAGCAUUAAGGCAGAGAACUUUGCAUACUGGAAGCGCGCUGAACGUGAUGAAAAAACUCGCAAACUUAUUGACAUCGAGAAACAGAAAAUCUUGGAGAAUGUCAAUCAAAUCAAAAUUAAGUUGAAGAAUACUUUCCAGAGUGCUGGUUCUUGGUUACAUCCUUGGUUAGCAACCGAAGCUGCUAUGUUGCACUCGCUCGCGACCUCGAGGUGGGCAUCUCACGGCGCGCCGCUUGUGGAACGUGUCCAGCGCCUGGAAACUGUCAAAGCUGCACAAACUCAUAAAUUCUCGAAACUCUACAUGCAGAAACACAUGCUGAACUUUAGCAGGAAUGUGCGGCCUGUGGUGUGUUCUCAAUGGAAGAAGGUCAAAUCAACAGUUCUUCCUCAAUAUCAUGAAGUCAAGAAGCUUACUUCACAGCAUGUUACAUCUUGCAAGAAGUAUUUGUCACCCUAUCUAUCCAAGAUGCAGGAGACAUUAGAGCCAUAUAUGCAGACAGUGGGGAAGAAGGGCCAACCCUAUGUGGAGAGGGCAGCCAGUUUCUUGAGCCCCCAUUUUGAUAAAGCCAAUGUCAUUGCUGGACCCUAUGUAAAGCGAGUGAAUGAUCACUACCAGUUUGUGGUAACGCAGUCUUCAACUCUCCACGAGCAGCUUCAAGAUUCAGUCAAGGAAACCAUGAGCAAGCACGAAAUGCUGUCUCUCUGGGCCACCAAAGAGCUAAUCUGGUAUCUUAGUUCUGCAUUGCUGGCCCUUCCUGUUGUAGCGUUUCUUCUGGUGUUCUCUUCCGUCCUUGGAAGUACGAACGUCCAUGGAAGCAAGAAGCCCAUUAGAAAACAUCGAAGUUCAAGCCCUAGUCAGUACACCAGCCCAUAUAGCAAUACUAGAACUCGUCGACAGAGACAGUUGACAGAGUUUAGGAGAAACGAGUUUGUGUAUAUGUAGAAACCAACUAGCGUAAGGGCGACGUGGAAAUUUGGCUUUUGUGGUGGCAGGUUUGUGAUUCCUUUUUCUUGGAAGGAGUAUUAGGAGUGUGAUCCAACAUACGCUGAAUGAAAUUGUAUUUGUUAGUAUACAGGUGAGGGUUGCAGGUCACGUAGAAAGCCAUCUUAUGAAGUAUUUCUGUUAUCAAGUAAACAUGGGAACACUAGAUGCUCAACGUGCUAAAAUCACGGUGCUGGUCUACAAAGUAUUUGCUGAAUGUUUACUGCUGCUAUCUUGCCGAGUACACAAAUCGGUAUGCGUAGGUCUGGGGAAGAACUCUUAGGAUUGUAGAUGUUGAGGAAUUUUUGCAAGAAAGAUGAGCCACUGGUUCCAUUUAAAUGCAAAAAUUCUCUUAUCUGUCCAAA